AUGGAAUUCACAACAGUGGCUGGCGUCACACCAUUCAAGUCAGAAUGGGUUAUUGAAGUUAAGGUGCUCCAUACCUGGAAGCAUUACACCAAACUUUCAGGAGAAACAUUGGAAAUCAUUUUGUCUGAUGUAUAUGGAACAAAAAUUCAUGCAUCCCGUAAGAAGACAUACUGGGAUAAGAUUGCAAAGAAAGUACAUGUUGGAAUGUGGAGAAACAUUGAGAAUUUCUCCGUUACUAACCCCGGUGCUACCUACAGGCCCACCAAUCAUCAAUACAAGCUUAAUUUCAUCUAUGGCACUGAUGUCACUCCAUCAACCCUGCAAAACGACAUCAUGAUUCUCAGUUUGGUUGAUUUCCAGACUAUUCAGCAGGGAGUAGAAGAUGAAAACAUCUUUAUUGAUGUUAUUGGAGAAGUCACGGAUUUGGGAGGUCUUGAAACCGUUCUGUGCUCGGGUAAAGAAAGAAAGAAGAUUGAGUUCAGUUUGACAGACCUUGUUGGCCGUAGGAUUGCCUGUUGCCUAUGGGGAAAGUUUGCUGAAAGCAUUCAUGCUAAUUGCACAGCAGCUGGUGAAGAGACUGUUAUCUGUCUCUUACGUGUUGUGAAAAUCGGGAUCUAUAGAGAUGAAAUUCAAAUUUCAAAUUCAUUUGAUGCUUCUCAAAUCUUUUUCACUCCAAUAGUGGAGACUGAGGCCUUUUUGAAAAGGGAUGUUGCAUCCAAUGCUUUAACAUUGGUUGAAUCCGAACAAGACAAACUUGAAAGAGAGAUUAGACGCACUAAGUGGAGGCAAUACCCAAUUUGA